AUGGAGCCUAAAAUAGAUCUGACACCGACUUCAGCGACCGCCGCGCUUUCUUGCUGGAUCCUCAUCAGCUGCGUGUUGGCUGAAGACUGGGCUCGUGUCCACACUGAGGACGAGCUCUUCAGGAGUUUGUUUGGGGGCUACAGCAAGUGGUCUCGUCCAGCUCGCAAUGUCACCGACGUGGUCAUCGUUAAGUUUGGCCUGUCCAUCGCACAGCUGAUAGACGUGGACGAGAAAAAUCAGAUGAUGACGACCAACGUGUGGCUGAAACAGGAAUGGACAGAUUAUAAACUGCAGUGGAGUCCCUCUGAUUUUGACAACUUGACGUCCAUCAGAGUUCCUUCUGAGCUCAUCUGGGUUCCCGACAUCGUGCUGUAUAACAAUGCCGAUGGAGAGUUUGCUGUCACCCACAUGACCAAGGCCCAGCUGUUUCACACCGGUCGGGUUCGUUGGGUGCCCCCGGCCAUCUACAAGUCCUCCUGCUCCAUCGAUGUCACCUUCUUCCCCUUCGACCAACAGAGCUGCAAGAUGAAGUUCGGGUCUUGGACGUACGACCGUGCUAAGAUCGACCUGGAGCCCUUUGAGACCACCGUGGACCUGAAGGAUUACUGGGAGAGCGGAGAGUGGGCGAUUGUCAACGCGGUCGGCACCUACAACACCAAGAAAUAUGAUUGCUGCCACGAGAUCUACCCUGACAUCACCUACUACUUCAUCAUCCGCCGCCUCCCGUUGUUCUACACCAUCAACCUCAUCAUCCCCUGCCUCCUCAUCUCCUGCCUAACCGUCCUGGUCUUCUACCUGCCGUCGGACUGCGGCGAGAAAAUCACGCUGUGCAUCUCCGUGCUUCUGUCGCUCACCGUCUUCCUGCUGCUCAUCACAGAGAUCAUCCCGUCCACGUCGCUGGUCAUACCGCUGAUCGGAGAGUACCUGCUCUUCACCAUGAUUUUCGUCACCCUGUCCAUCGUCAUCACCGUGUUCGUGCUGAAUGUGCAUCACCGGUCGUCGGCCACUCACACCAUGCCUCGAUGGGUUCGGAGGCUGUUCCUAUCGGCGGUGCCACGUUGGCUGUGCAUGAAGCGUCCACAUCAUGGGCUUGGGCCUGUAAGGACUGAUAAACUCCUCCCAGUUCAUACUCCAGGCCGCUCCCGCAGCGCCUCCAUCUGGAUCACUCAGGAGUCUGAUGUCGAUCUCCAUAGUUACCAGGAUGACAACCGUUGCCACAGUAGCCCCCAGCUCGACUCCCUGGAUGCGGGAGGUGAAAUUCACUACUGCGACCACCGCCAUUACCCAAACACAGAUGGUUUCACAAGGUUUGGGAUGAAGAUAGCAGGACGGUCGAGGGUGUCGUCGCCUCAAGUGAUCGGUUGUACUCUCCUCCCGCAAAGACAGUCUUCACUCAGCUUGGACUGGAACAUCCCGUCUUUGGAACGUGGUUCAAUCCAGAGCCCGUUAACCUCUGCCCUGUCUCCUGCAGUGAUAUCGGCCCUGGAGGGGGUUACCUACAUCGCAGAGCAUCUGAGAGCAGAGGACGCAGACUUUUCAGUGAAGGAGGACUGGAAGUAUGUCGCCAUGGUUGUGGACCGGAUCUUCCUGUGGAUGUUUAUUAUUGUGUGUCUGCUGGGGACAGUCGGACUCUUCCUGCCUCCGUGGCUCUCUGGGAUGAUUUAG